AGUUAAAGACAACCAUCUGGCAACGUCGAGCGGACUAUAUACCAAUCGUGUUUCGAUUUUUCCAGGGAAUAAAAAAAUCUAGUUAACGCGUCUGAAAAGUGCAUUUGCGCAGGAAAAUCUUCGAUGAGGUCGAUUUAAGCAAGCAGCAAGAUUGCAUUUUCGAAAUUCUCCGCCUGCAGCUGGCCCUGGACGUGCUUUGUAUCCGUGGAGAACAGAGACGCAAAGAUAGACGCCGUGUGGGGUUGGGUUGCUUCCGGCCCGCUGCGUUUAGCAGCGAACAGAAUGGGCGAUCUGCCGGGCUCCACCGGCGGCGGUGUGGGCGGCGGUGGUAAUGGUGGAGGAGGACCGACCAUCGCCGGAACAAAUGGUAACUCCACCACCGGCCCAGGCUCCUCCACUGGCUCCACGGGCCUGGAGCGUCCGCCGUCGCCCGCCAGGCUCUCUCACACAUCGGAAAAGCAUCCCAAGGUCACGCUCUCGGAACUCAACAUGCUUCGGCGCCACCGAGAGCUCUGCGACGUGGUGCUCAACGUUGGUGGGCGGAAGAUAUUCGCCCACCGAGUGAUUCUCUCCGCGUGCAGCAGUUACUUCUGUGCCAUGUUCACCGGGGAACUGGAGGAGUCCCGCCAGACGGAGGUCACAAUUCGAGACAUCGAUGAGAACGCCAUGGAGCUGCUCAUCGACUUUUGCUACACCGCCCACAUCAUCGUCGAAGAGUCCAACGUCCAGACUCUUCUGCCGGCCGCCUGCCUACUCCAGCUGGUCGAGAUCCAGGACAUAUGCUGCGAGUUCCUCAAGCGCCAACUGGAUCCCACCAACUGCUUGGGCAUACGCGCCUUUGCCGAUACUCACUCCUGUCGGGAACUGCUUCGUAUCGCCGACAAGUUCACGCAGCACAACUUUCAAGAGGUCAUGGAGAGCGAGGAGUUCUUGCUUCUGCCCGUCGGCCAGCUAGUCGACAUUAUCUGCAGCGAUGAGCUGAACGUGCGCUCCGAGGAGCAAGUCUUUAACGCGGUCAUGUCUUGGCUCAAGUACAACGUCGCCGAGCGUCGGCAGCACCUCCCACAGGUCCUUCAACACGUCCGACUGCCGCUACUCUCACCAAAGUUCCUGGUCGGCACGGUCGGAUCCGAUCUGCUCGUGCGCAGCGACGAGGCCUGCCGCGACCUGGUGGACGAGGCCAAGAACUAUCUGCUUUUACCGCAGGAGCGUCCACUGAUGCAGGGCCCGCGUACUCGGCCCCGUAAACCGACGCGUCGUGGGGAGGUGCUUUUCGCUGUGGGCGGCUGGUGCUCCGGCGACGCCAUCGCCUCUGUCGAACGCUUCGAUCCGCAGACGAACGACUGGAAAAUGGUCGCUCCCAUGAGCAAGCGUCGCUGCGGUGUAGGCGUGGCCGUGCUUAACGAUCUUCUCUACGCCGUGGGCGGCCACGACGGACAGAGCUACCUGAACAGCAUCGAGCGGUACGAUCCGCAGACAAACCAGUGGUCCUGCGACGUUGCACCCACCACAUCAUGCCGCACCAGCGUGGGUGUUGCCGUGCUUGACGGCUUCUUGUACGCCGUUGGCGGCCAGGAUGGCGUACAGUGCUUGAACCACGUAGAACGGUAUGAUCCCAAGGAGAACAAGUGGUCCAAGGUGGCACCUAUGACCACACGACGCCUCGGCGUGGCUGUGGCUGUUUUAGGUGGAUUCCUUUACGCAAUCGGUGGCUCCGAUGGUCAGUGUCCUUUGAAUACUGUGGAGAGAUACGAUCCCAGACACAACAAGUGGGUGGCCGUCAGUCCAAUGUCCACGCGCCGCAAGCAUCUGGGCUGCGCCGUGUUCAACAACUACAUUUACGCCGUCGGCGGGCGGGACGAUUGCAUGGAGCUCUCGUCCGCCGAACGCUACAAUCCUCUCACAAACACCUGGAGCCCGAUUGUGGCCAUGACCUCGCGCCGCAGUGGGGUCGGCCUGGCUGUGGUGAACGGACAGCUGUACGCGGUGGGCGGCUUCGAUGGCUCCGCCUAUCUGAAGACUAUCGAGGUGUACGACCCGGAGACGAACCAGUGGCGUCUCUGCGGAUGCAUGAACUACCGCCGGCUUGGCGGUGGCGUGGGUGUGAUGCGAGCACCCCAGACUGAGAACUAUAUGUGGUGCGAAAACAGUUUUAAGCAGCAGACCUCCUCUAACUAAUGCAACUCCAAAUCACUCCAUUUCUGACGAAAUUUUCUGUUGUUUGUUUCUCUCGAUUUAUUCCCCCGUUUCGAACACAUGCUUACGUAUCCAGGAUUCGCAAGGAUUCUGUUGUCUGAUGGGAGCAGCAGCCGCCGACGUCGACUUUGCCAUCGCAAACGUUGCCGCCGCCGCAUUUCUUCUAAGAAAAAUCGCAAUCGAAGCCAAAACUAAUUGUCUAAAACCCCGAAUCACCCCGAAUUCCCACUCUCAAUUGAUUGUUUAGCAGUGUAUUUGGAUUGUAUUAAUUGUUAAUUGUUUUUUUUUUAGGGAAACCUGAAUCGCGCGUAUGUUAGCCUUCCCUAAAUAGUAUUAGAGAUUAAAUUUGUACCCCAAUUCAAUUGCAAUCACACCCUCCCCAUCACUACGUACGUAAUUUUAAAUGAUAGUACACCGUAUCGUAAUCAGUUUUAUAUUUAAAAACAAAAAAAAAACAAAUCAAAUAUCUAAGUGUUGCUGGUUUGAAUUUCAUGGAAAUCGCUAGCCCAUAACCAUGCCUUCUUUCAAAAAAUAACAAAACGGAAUCAAAUAUUAACAUAGAAACGAAUUCGACUAGUUGUACAUCUUAAAACAAUGAGCUCUAAAGUCAAGUAACGAUUUGGUAUUUAAUAACAUAGCCCUAAGAAACGAAUUGAUGAAAGUUUGUUCGAAAUAAGACAUCAAACAGGUGCAAUAUUUCGAUUGACCAACUUAUUGCUGUAUUUACCUUUUAGCCAAGUCAAGAUUAAUAUAAAUAAUAAUACGAUUCGAUCAAGGAAGCUCUUACUUGAUCCGUUACAGAGAUAAUAGCUUCUCAAGCUUAAAAGAAUCACUUAAAAAAUACCCCUACAAAAGAACAAAGUCUAGAGCUAGCCCAAAACAUUUCAAUAGUAAAAUUAACAAUUACACUUAAAGUCUACGCCUAGCCAUAAGAUCAACAUAUAAGCCUAUAAAUUUUAAUAUUGUUACUCCUAGAUCGUAAGAACGCGCAACCUUUUAGUCGGGAAGAGGUCACGUUUGAAUAGAAUUAUUAUUGUUGAACCAAGUUUGACCCUCGAGCCGUACUCGAUGGAACGUACUCGAAAUAAUUGCUAACCGAAGGGAGAGCCGAAGAAAGGAGUCUCUCAGUAACAACUCUUUUAUUUGUUGCAUUUUUACACCAAUAUUUAUUUAUUUUCAAAAUUAUUAUUUAUUGUACGCUUCAGUAUCUCAUAUAGUUUAUCUUUAUUGCGCACGUUGUAAUUAUUUAAAAAAACCUGUUGUUAAACCGAGCAAAUGGGAAAGAACUUAUCUUCCAAAAUGAUAAAUAAGAAUAGCAUUUACAAACAAAACCAAUCUUAUUAAUAUUCUAGGUAUAAGUGGUACACUCUUACACACCCGAGAAAUAUCCGCAGACACUAUGGGAAGAUAAACAAUAACAAUUUGUAGUUCUAUUGAAUGGAAAACAAAAGUACAUAAUUUAAAUAAUAAAAGUGUUAACAAUGUGAAAAUGGAUCGUAAACCCGUGCUAAGUGUAAGGAUAUAUACAAAUAAAAUAUAUCUUAAUUAAAGUUAAA